AUGGGGAAGCGGCGGCACGUGCUUCCAGCAGCUCCGCACCUACCCGGGAUCAGAACGACGCCGUUGCGCGGCAACCAGAGAGGGGCGGCGGGCUCUUCCGUAUUGGAAGAUGAGCCCGCCAGAGAUAUACUCUCUGCCUUAACUCGCUGCAGGCGGUUGAAGAAGGGCUACCUCCAGUUGCUAAGGCGCGAGCACGGGCGGGCGUACCUGCGGAACCGCAGCAAGCUGUGGGACAUGGACAAUAAUCUCAUCCAGAUCAAAACGCAGGUGGAGGCCUCGGAGGAGAGCGCCCUCAACCACCUCCAGAGCCCAGGCGACACGGCCGAGGGUUGGGCUGCCAAGAGGUGCGAGAAGGCAGAGGAGAAGGCCAAGGAGAUCGCGAAGAUGGCAGAGAUGCUGGUGGAGCUGGUCCGGCGGAUAGAGAAGAGCGAGUCGUCGUGAGCGCGGUCGGCGGUUUGCAGCCAAUGGAUUCUGGUCAACUCGUGGAGAUCGGCUGACACCCUGGAGAAGCUGAAACCAGAGAGCCUUUUGUUUUCUCUUUUUUCCUCUGUCUACGCUCUGUCUCACUUACCACUACGUUUUCUGCUAUGGUCUGUGGUUAAUGACCUCAAUAUGAGUUUUGAUUGUUCAGUGUUUUUGUUUGGAAAGUAAUUUUGUUUGGAAAAUGCUCUCACAUGCAGGAAUUAGGGCCUAGAUUGUAAGCUCUUGCAGCAGUCACAUUUGUUCCCGGGCUUUGGUUGUUACUUCUAAAUUUUUGAGGUGCUUUGCUCUUUCUUGUGUGACCUGAUAGCUCCCUGGAACUUUGGGUCUGUGUGUGGCACCUGAGACUCACAGCUGGAGUUCUCCAGCUCUGGAGGUGCUGAAGGAGCGGCAUUCAUUCUGGAAGACGGCUCCAUGCGGCAACUGCUGAGGAAAGGACCAGACUUUAACCGGGAGUGCAGAUGGGCCGACCUGGCUGGGACUCAUGAUUCUGGAGAAGAGCUGGAGAACAGAUAGUAUUGUCUAUAUUUGGAGACUUUAAUUUCUGCGUGAGACCAAAGGUGGAGAGAUGUAUUUUGUUCAAAAUUUCAAUUUUAUGUGGUACACUAUCU